AUGGCUGCUCCAAAGAAUUACCUAGGAAGCGGCGAGCUGGUACUGCUGUGCGCGCUCCUGGGCGCGCUGGGGGAGAUCGGGAGAGGACAGAUCCACUACUCCGUGCCAGAAGAGAGCGACAAGGGAUCCGUCGUGGGUAGGACGCAGCUCUUUGCGCUGAACGCGCGAAGCGGCAGCCUGGUCACCGCGGGCCGCAUAGACCGGGAGGAGCUCUGCGCGCAGAGCGCGCGGUGUCUUGUAAACAUUAACAUCCUGGUUGAAGACAGAGUGCAACUUUACGGUGUCGAAAUAGAAGUGACUGAUAUCAAUGAUAAUAACCCGAAAUUCCAGGUGGAAAGCCUAGAGGUAAAAAUCAACGAAAUCGCUGCGCCUGGAACUCGCUAUCCGCUCCCAGAGGCUGUCGACCCGGAUGUGGGCUCGAAUGCCCUGCAGAGCUACCAGCUCAGCCCCAGUCCCCACUUCUCGCUGGACGUGCAGACCGGAGACGACGGAACUGUAAGGCCAGAGCUGGUGCUGCAGCGCGCCCUGGACCGCGAGGAGGAGGCUGCUCACCACCUGGUCCUCAUGGCCUCGGACGGCGGCGACCCGCGUCGCUCCAGCACAGUGCACGUCCGAGUGACGGUGCUGGAUACCAACGACAAUGCCCCGGUGUUUGCUCAGCCAGUCUACCGGGUGAAAGUCCCCGAGAACGUGCCCCCAGGCACCCUGCUGCUUACUGUGAGCGCUAGCGACCCAGAUGAGGGCACCAAUGGAGACGUGGCCUAUAGAUUCUGGAAAAUCAGUGAAAAACAGUCUCCGUUAUUCCAUCUUAAUGAACAGACUGGAGAAAUAUCAGCAGCAAAGAGUCUGGAUUAUGAGGAAUGUGCAUUUUAUGACAUGGAGAUACAGGCUGAAGAUGGUGGGGCACUGAAGGAUCGGGCCAAAGUCCUCAUUUCAGUGGAAGAUGUCAACGACAAUAGGCCUGAAGUGACUGUUACCUCUCUGUUUAGCCCAGUCUUGGAAAAUACUCCUCCUGGGACGGUAAUUGCCUUCUUGAAUGUGCAUGACCAAGACUCUGGGAAGAACGACACGAAUGACAACCCACCUUCCUUCCCUCAAACCGCCUACUCAACCUACAUCCCUGAGAACAACCCCAGAGGUGCCUCCAUUUUCUCCGUGACUGCUCACGACCCUGACAGUGGCAACAAUGCCCAGGUCACUUACUCUCUUACCCAAGACAGCAUCAUGGGAGCACCUCUCUCCUCUUAUGUCUCCAUCAACUCUGACACUGGUGUCCUGUACGCACUGCGCUCCUUUGACUAUGAGCAGAUUCAAGACUUGCAGCUGCUGGUAACAGCCAGCGACAGUGGGGACCCUCCACUGAGCAGCAAUGUAUCACUGAGCCUGUUCAUAUUGGACCAGAAUGACAAUGCGCCAGAGAUUUUGUACCCCAUGCUUCCCACUGACGGUUCCACAGGCGUGGAGCUGGCACCCCGCUCCGCAGAGCCCGGCUACCUGGUGACCAAGGUGGUGGCGGUGGACAGAGACUCGGGCCAGAACGCCUGGCUGUCCUACCGCCUGCUCAAGGCCAGCGAGCCCGGGCUCUUCGCGGUGGGGCUGCACACGGGCGAGGUGCGCACAGCGCGGGCCCUGCUGGACAGAGACGCCCUCAAGCAGAGCCUGGUGGUGGCGGUCCAGGACCACGGCCAGCCCCCCCUCUCGGCCACUGUCACGCUCACCGUGGCUGUGGCUGACAGCAUCCCUCAUGUCCUGACUGACCUGGGUAGCAUCAAGACCCCUGCCGACUCUGAUGAUUCAGACCUCACCCUCUACCUGGUGGUGGCAGUGGCCGUUGUUUCCUGCAUCUUCCUCGCCUUCGUCAUCGUUCUGCUGGCUCUCAGACUGUGGCGAUGGCACAAGUCGAGUCUGCUCCAGGCUUCAGGCAGCAGGUUGGCAGGACUGCCAGCCUCAAACUUCGUAGGCAUAGAGGGAGUACAGGCUUUCCUGCAGACCUAUUCCCACGAGGUCUCCCUUACCUCGGACUCUCGGAAGAGUCAUGUGAUCUUUCCUCAGCCCAACUACGCAGACACACUCAUCAGCCAGGAGAGCUUGGAGAGCGAGGCGCUGGCCACCUCCUCGCGCAGCCGCAGCGCACCCUCCCCAGCUCAGACUCGCUCGCUGGAGCCUUCCUACCGCCAACUCCUCUGGCAAAGCAGCAGCCCGGGCGGACCCGCACGCCGGAAAUACAGCUCUUCCGAGGCCCGGACAGCUACCACCCAGAGACGGUGUUUGUAA